AUGGCAAAAACAGAGCUAGUCUCAGUAGAAAACUCAUCAAUAGUUGAACAUCCAAUUUACCCCCCUGGCUUUCCGAAAAAGGUGGUGGCAGAGAUAAUAGCUACGUUUCUGCUGGUGUUCGUGACAUGUGGUUCGGCUGCUCUUUCUGCUAGUGAUGAACGAAAAAUCUCAAAGCUUGGAGCUUCAAUGACUGGAGAGCUUAUAGUGACGGUGAUGAUCUACGCAGUCGGGCACAUCUCUGGAGCACACAUGAACCCGGCCGUCACUCUCGCUUUCGCUACUUUUCGACAGUUUCCAUGGAAACAGGUGCCAAUCUAUGCAUUAGCUCAACUAAUAGGAUCAGCAUCUGCUUCGUUUACUCUGUCUGUACUAUUGCGCCCCAUUAAGCAUGUGGGCACUACAUCACCUUCUGGAUCAGAGCUUCAAGCUCUAGUCACAGAGAUAAUCGUGACAUUUUCUAUGAUGUUCAUCACUUCAGCAGUUGCAACCGAUACUAAAGCUAUAGGAGAGCUAGCAGGUAUAGCAGUUGGGUCGGAAGUAUGCAUUAUAUCCAUCUUUGCUGGACCAAUAUCAGGUGGAUCUAUGAAUCCAGCCAGGACAAUGGGACCAGCACUUGCAAGUGCAUACUACAAUGGGAUUUGGAUCUACAUGGUAGGAGUAGGACCGGUGAUCGGAACACUACUAGGGGCAUGGGCUUACAGCUUCAUUCGGGUGAAUGAUAAGCCGGUUCAGGCAAUUCCACUUCCACCAUGUUCAGUUUCACUCCAGCUUCGUCGAAUGAAGAGCGAUGUUAAUGUUCAGCCUAUUACCCUCUGCAAAGACCCCCUAGAUUUAGCUUGAAGUGUCCAUCUCUG